AUGGGUAUCGAAAACGAGGACCUGAUUGAACACUACGAGGUCGUUUUGGAGCAUUCUAGACUUGAGGAGCAAGGAAGGACUUUGCAUGGGACACAACUCGACCGCGCAGCUCCAGAUGAAGAAAUGUGCCACCUUUAUUCCCAACUCGACUCAGCCGCUCGACCGAUUGGUCGAGUUAGGCCAAACUUUUCCAACAUUGCACUAGCUCGACCAGGCAGAUGA